CGGCCGAUCAAAAAAGUUUGGAGAGGAAAGUGUUGGACGCGGAUUCGUCGGACAUGGUCACCUGAAAGAUGUCCCGCUCCUGUUCUCACGAUGACCAGGUCCCCUAAGCUGAGGAGAUUCCCAGGAAUGACUCCUGCUUCCUAGUAGCACAGACCAGGGGCCAUCAUGAUUGUGGAUGUGGUGCCAACCUACCAACAUGAGGCCCGUUUUCAUGGCUUCUACAGCGAGCUCCGCAGGAAGUACCCCAACACAUUUGCCUUGGCUGGAGGCCUGGGCCGCGAGGAGGCUAUUACCCCUCUAAAGAAGCUGCCCCACCUGGAGCAGAGGCCGCUUCUCCAUCCUGGAGUUCUCCCCAGUCCCAGUGGCUCCCCCACAACUCCAGAUUCCCGACAGGGUCGGGACGUCCUUCACCGGGUGGACAGCAGUAGCAGCAGGUGGUCACAGGUAUCCAAGGCCAGUGCCCGGCCUCAUGUUAUUGUUAGAAACCGCAUUGUGGCGCCAGUCCUCCAGGAAGACACCAAAGGCAGCAGCAGGCAGCUCAAGCUGCCCACCCUGACCACCCAGGUCGAACAGAACCGGGCAGCACUACGACGCAGGCUGUAUCUCAACACUGGUCCAGCUGCCAGGACCCCAGACAGUCCACUGGUCAAGCCUCAUCCUCCCAACCAGCCUAGGAGUCCGGAGCCAAGUUCAGCCCAGCCAAAGAGUUCAGGAGCCACCGUCCAGCCUCCCAAAGAGGUGGAGGACCCCUCAUCUCCGAGGUCCUUGGUGAGAAUUGUGGGCUUCGGGACCUCUGAGCUGCUGCCCAGCAAGCCUAAGCUGGAGCUUCAAGAGGCGCCGGGUGGUCAGAGCGUGGAACCGGGCAGCACCAGCCGACUGUCAGCCUCCGACAGCGAUGCCGACUCAGGGAUCUCCAUGGGCUUCCCAGCGUCCAGCCCCCCAACUGUUUCGUCAGCCUCGAGGCCACAAGCCCCUCUCGUCCCUCGCAGUGGCAUAAUCACCCAUCAUAAAGAAGGCAAGACUGGCCCCCUGAAGGCGGACCACUCCAUCCCGAUCCCACCGAAGUACAGCACCCCACUCAAGGAGUCCCCAAGACAACUGAAGCCCCCUGGCCGUCCUGAGACAGCGAAAGAAGGCCGAGUUCCGUCCAGGGUGCGAUUCCGAGAUGAGUCCAUAUGGGACGUAGAAUCUCGCUUCAGGGAAAGAUUUCAUCAGAACAGGACCACCACAGAUGGCAGCUGUGAAGAUCUCUUGUGUGUAAGGAAAGAAUGUACACCUUUGGCCAGUGAGGUCAACCAAGUCAUAGAAAAGACCCCUGUGGUGAACAAUAAGAAAGAUGGCCCACACAGCUUGGCCAAAGGCAAUGGAGACAGAGAGCCACCAUGUCAACAGCUUUUGAAUGCUGGUCACAGGCAACAAGGUCCAGUCCCUGGGGUCCUAAAGGGAGUGAGACAGGAAGGGGCACCGGCCAAAGGUGCUGAGACCUGCCAUGAGAAGAGCAGAAGUGCUUCCAGGUCUCACUCCGCAGAGCUCCCCGCGGAUCAAGCCAACCUGAAAGCUGACUCUGAAGACAAAGAGGGCCUGCAAGGCGCAAAGGUGGCAGGCCAAGUUAGACCAAACAGUGUCCCCCAGAAUUUCUCGAUGCCCGAACAGCACAAUGGCCUUGGCCAGAAAUACCUGGAGUUCAACCCUGUGGAGAAUCAGCAGUCGGUGCAGAGCCGACUGAAGAAAGCAGAGAGGGACACGACAGACCUGAUGCAGUUUUACACCAAAGUGAAGCGGACAUUGAAAGCCACCAUGAAGAGGAUGCAGACGCCAAAGGCUACUGAGCAGUGGCCGGGUAGGGGCACUGACUUUGACAGCAUUGGCUUUGUCCUGCGGGCAGGCGUGCCCGAGGGCACCGUGCACAUCACAAGAAAGGAGCGGCUCUACCUUGUGAGAGACAGCCCCUCUCCAGCACCGAGAAAUGGCAAGCAAGACUCAGUAAGACGGACCUUAAAGUGUGAUCCUCCUCAGAGAAAGCCGACUUUCUGCGACGGUGACACCCAAGAGGACAAGAUGAGAGCAGCCCACCUGGAUUCAGUAGAGAUAGAGACGGCUGUUUCCAAGAAGGUGCAGCCCUUCAUGAGGAAGGGCAGAUCCAAAGGUUGGCACGGGGUCCUGCCAGUGUCUGAAGCCAAAGGGGACCGAGCCAAGCACAGGACGGGCUGGGCCGUCGUGCAGAGGACAAAUCCUGAUGGCAGUGUGCUUGUCGAAUGGGGCUUCCCCGCACGGGGACCUGCAGGAAUCGGCUUCUCCAAGGGUUUUGAUCGAGGUGUCUACGUGGCUCAGGUGACGGUGCCCUAUGCAGAAGGAAUUCUGGGAGUCGGAGAUCGAAUCCUCAAGUUUGACGACUGCGUCGCAGAAGACCUGUCCCUGGAUGAGAUCAGCUGGCGGAUGUCUGGGAGUGACAGGGUACAACUGUUGGUGAAGCCGUCAGGGCUAGCGUGAGGACAUCCACCAGAUGUUUCGGAACUGUGAACUUCAGACUGAGCUGCCAAGGUCUCCAAAAAAAAAAAAAAAGAUAAGAUAUCGGAAGAACUACUUGGUGCCAAAAUGUAUAACCAGCUGACGUGUCAGCACAGUAAAUUAGGGGAACGUGCCAGUCGUUUUUAUUUCAUUCUGCCCAUACGCCUUUUCCCUGUCUAAUAAAUUCCACACAUGUCCACUAGGGGGCCACUGACUAAAAGCAAGUUAGCCUGAAUUGUGAGGACAGCACCCGUCACAGGGGUGAAGGUGCCCGCUCCCUUGUGUCUCCUGAUGUGUGGCAUGGUCUCACCCAACUAAUGCCUGUUUUGGUGCCUAUGUAUUAUGAAUAAUUCAUGGCUAUGGCCCAGACAGUUUUAUAGCCUAUUAUAUUAAACAAAUGCCCAUUGACAAAGUAUACCGCUGCCAGGCAUGCCAUUCAUUUUCAAGUGUUAAGUGGGAAUUUGAAGGGAACUGAAGUGGUUGGCAUAUCCUGGCUCGGACUCCCAGAGGUACCUUGCCCAGCCGGGAUGCCCACAUAAUGGAAGAACAGCUGGAGAUUUUCAACCUUCAGUAAGUCAGUUUCCCUGCCCACUAGCGGGCAGUAGCUGUUUUGCUUCCAGGUAAUCCCAGAGCCCACAAAGAAUUCUGGGAAAUGUAGUCACUGUGCUAAUUCUGCAGGGUGUUGUGCAAGUAUAGAAAUGAAGAUGUC